GAUUGAUUGAUCGAUUGAUCGAUCAAUUCAUUCAUUCCUUUUUUCUCUUUCUUGGUCAACCUCCAGAAACUGUAGACAGCCUUAUAGAGCCUUCCUGGUUUCUUUCAUGCAGUUUGAUGCGUUUCAAGCUGCAGAAAAACAGCCACUCUCUGCCUAUCGUCAUUCCGCCUGGGUUCAGCCUCCCACAGCAUCCAAGCAUCAUACUUUUGUCGCUAUCGAUUUCCCCUCUCUCUGAUAACUUCGUGUUGCUCUUCCCACCACUGAUCGCAAAGUGAAACUGCCGCCCUGUUCAGGAUGUCUGAUCAAGCCAUCCUUCGCAUCACAAGGGAAAUCAAACAGCUGCAGCAGAGUACAGACCUUUCUCUCGCGGUGUCUUACGAUGAUUCCGAUAUCCGCAGCGUCUCUGCUCUCAUUCUGGGUCCACCAGAGACACCAUACGAGUUUGGCCUGUUUGAAUUCGCGGUUAAGUUCGGGAAAGGAUACCCUGCGAGUCCACCCCGUGUCCGCGCCAUGACGACCAACAAAGGGCGGUGUCGGUUUAACCCCAAUAUCUAUGCGUCGGGCAAGGUUUGCUUGUCGAUUCUUGGAACCUGGCGUGGCGAACGCGGAGAACAGUGGUCAUCGGCGCAGGGUCUAGAGUCCGUGUUGAUAUCCAUUCAAAGCUUGAUGUCGAGUAAUCCCUACGAAAAUGAGCCUGGAUAUGAUACGGCAAAGUCGGCUACUGAUUUGGAAAAUAUGGACGCUUACGUCGCCAAGAUCCGCCAUGAAACCCUCCGCCUUGCGGUUAUUGAGCCAUUGGAGUUGUCAAUGGGAAUCUCACCAGACGGGACGCUGGCACGUCCAGUCGAAAAGCAUUCCGAAGACGAGAGUGAAGAGGAUGUAAGCUGGGAUGACGACAAAGAACCGUGCGAUCGCUUUCUUGACCUCCGUAAACGACGCUUCUUGUGGUAUUUCGACGCCUACCUACGAACCGUCGAUGCCGCGGAGCCCGGAGUCUCACGCAAUCGCAAGUUUCAGCGGAUGCCGUUCGAAGGCAUCGGCAAUAUCAUGGACGGCCAUUUCGACUAUCCCGAGCUCAGACGGAGACUCAACUUCCUUAGAGAGAAGAUACUUGGCGAAACCCGAAAAUGGCCCACCGAGGGGCUCUUAACCCAGAAGCAAGAGCUGGGCAUCUCCGUGAAUCUCCAGCGCCAGUACGAGCAGAUUGUCGAGGAUUACAAAAACCAGAAGAACUUUAUGAUCGCCCUGGACCUUGUCGACGGUAACCCAUUUGAAUGGGUGAUCACAUACUUUGGUCGUCCCAUGACACACCUGGAUGGCGGCAUCUUCAAGAUCAAAAUCUAUCUCAGCCCUCGCUUCCCCGAGGAGCAGCCUCGCGUGUUCAUGGAAACGCCCAUCUUCCAUGUGCGCGUGUCUCGACUCGGGGUGCUGUGCUAUGUCCCACGGCGCAGCGACGAGAUGCGUUGGCAUAUAGAAGCUAUCCUAGCGACCCUGGAGGAGGACUCCCCGGCAUACGAUCCGCGAGCCAACGUGCGCUCCGAAGCAUCCACAAUGUUUUGGGGCUGUGCAGAGGGCCGACGACGGUACCACCGAGAAUUACGGAAAUCGGUUGAGAAAAGCGUCGAGGAUGCGUUUGCAUGAUAUUUGGUGAAACCAUGCGGUAAUGACUGUGAUCCGGUCGAUUUACCGACAGUGCCAUGGGAUGCCUGUCACUCACUCGCUACCGACAUGUUUAUCUCCUUGAUAUCUCAGCUGCUAAUUGCUCAUGGGCUAGUUACGCGUUAAGCGGCCGUCAGACUGCUAUGGUCAUUUUGCGGGUGUUGUGGAGCUAUGGUGUCUCCUAUUUAUUACUCCGACAUAAAAUUAUUCCUAUUUUACCACUUCUUUUCUUCUGUCUGAUUUCUUUCCUUUCUGUUUUGGCCAUCAGAUAUCCUAGUAAUAAACAUAACAUGCA